CAGGCGCGGGGCCCCGGCGGGGAGGGGUUUCGCGGCCCCAGCCGGGGGCGGACGGGCGGCGGGGCCGUGUGUCCUGCCCUGCCGGGGAGGGCCCUGCGCAGCGCCGCCGCCGCUGCUCCCGCUCCGCGCACAAUGGCGACUCCCAGCCCCAGCGGCGGCUCCGGGGGGAGCGGGAGCGGGCCCGGGCCGGGCGCCGCCAGCAGCAGCAGCAUGCAGGGUAAACGCAAAGCGCUGAAGUUAAAUUUUGCAAAUCCACCUUUCAAGUCCACAGCAAGAUUUACUCUAAAUACUUCUGGAGUUCCUUUCCAAAAUCCACACAUUGACACACAAGCAACCCUGGGUAGUAAUCACAUUGUCCCGUUCAGUUUCAAAAGGAGAGAAGCGGACCUCAUCCAGAAACUUUCCAGCAGGCUACAAGAGAGACUGAGAACACACAGCAUUGAAUCAUCAGGAAAAUUGAAGAUUUCCCCUGAGCAACAUUGGGAUUUUACAGCAGAGGACUUGAAAGACCUUGGAGAAAUUGGACGAGGCGCUUAUGGUUCUGUCAACAAAAUGGUCCACAAACCAAGUGGGCAAAUUAUGGCAGUUAAAAGAAUUCGGUCGACAGUGGAUGAAAAGGAACAGAAGCAGCUUCUGAUGGACCUUGAUGUAGUGAUGCGAAGCAGUGACUGCCCGUAUAUUGUUCAGUUUUAUGGCGCGCUCUUCAGAGAGGGUGACUGUUGGAUCUGUAUGGAGCUCAUGUCUACCUCGUUUGAUAAGUUUUACAAAUAUGUAUAUAGUGUAUUAGAUGAUGUUAUUCCAGAAGAAAUCUUAGGCAAAAUCACUUUAGCUACUGUGAAAGCACUAAACCACUUAAAAGAAAACUUGAAAAUCAUUCACAGAGACAUCAAACCUUCCAAUAUUCUUCUGGACAGAAAUGGAAAUAUUAAACUCUGUGACUUUGGCAUUAGCGGACAGCUCGUGGACUCCAUUGCCAAAACGCGGGACGCAGGGUGCCGGCCGUACAUGGCGCCGGAGAGGAUAGAUCCCAGCGCGUCCAGGCAAGGCUACGACGUGCGCUCGGACGUCUGGAGCUUGGGGAUUACAUUGUACGAGCUGGCCACGGGGCGAUUCCCCUACCCCAAGUGGAACAGUGUGUUUGACCAGUUGACACAAGUAGUGAAAGGAGACCCACCACAGCUGAGUAACUCAGAGGAAAGGGAGUUUUCCCCAAGUUUCAUCAACUUCGUCAACUUGUGCCUUACAAAGGACGAGUCCAAAAGGCCAAAGUACAAAGAGCUUCUGAAACAUCCCUUCAUCCUGAUGUAUGAGGAACGCACAGUGGAUGUUGCAUGCUAUGUUUGUAAAAUCCUGGAUCAAAUGCCAGCAACUCCCAGCUCUCCAAUGUACGUGGAUUGAUACUGCUGCUACAUCAAACUCUAGAAAAAGGGCUGAGAGAAAACAAGCUGUAAAGAAUUUUCAUCACAUAUUGCAGUGUUUUUAAUGCUCGCCCAGACACCAUGUGCAAUAAUAUUGGUGUUAUUUCCAUCCUGUCUGUAUACUGUUGUCACAUAUAAAGUGCAUCCCUGUAAUACCUGAUCACACAGUGUUAGUGUUGGUCACAGAGAGACCUCAUCUUGCUCUUUUGUGGACAUAUUCAUGAAAUGUGGAAAUAAGUACAUUUAUUUGUUGACUGUGAUUGGAUAGCACCUAAAAUUCAUUUCUAGACUCAAAACUCGGAGACUUCUCAGCAGCUACUGGAAAGAUUUUUCUCUCAAACUCUUCCGAUUGUUGUUUCAAGUAAUAAUAAAAAGCAAACAAACAAAAGUUAGGCGUUGUCUGUCUGAACAUUAAGAGACUUUGCCUGGAGGGAGAAGAACUUGCUUAACCAACGAGAUGCUUUGCCUUCUGGAGCUGGAAAGGCAAAGGAGAAUUUUAUUCUUCACAAAGUGCAAUAGAUUUACUGCUAUGAAAUUCUGUUGCUUUACAGUCGCAGUGUACUUUCUGGGGACAGUGUGUUCAGCUGAACUUCCUGUUAAAGAGAGAUCAUGUUAAAUAUAGUGAAUAUGUCUUUACCAAAAAUAUGUUGCGUUGAAAGAGGCUAACAUUAAACUAUUGAGAUGGGACAUAAUGUAUUCUUCCUCCUUUUACCAAGCCAGCCACUCUUCACUCUUAACUAGGUGUCCUGUAAAUUGUUACCUGGUAAGAUAAGACCUUUGACCUGAAGAAUUAUUAAACUACUUGAUUGAAUUUAA